GAUGCAUUCUUCUGGAAGGAAAACUUCUUUGAAAAAAUUGAGGCAAGAUCCAUAGACAUGCAGAAUGAGGUAAUUCAGAAGCUUUCCCAGCAGAAGGAACAUGAGAAAAAGAUGGCUGAAAAAUUCCCUGUGGAUGAUUUGGCUAACGAAUGGUUAAGUGAUGACAAAGAGACACUGGAUACUCAGGCAUAUUUGCUUGAGAAGCUAUUGCCCACCCUAAUGCCAGGAGUUGAAAAAAUGUUAAUGGAGGUAGAAAAGAGGAAGCUAUUAGGACCCAUCAAGAAGAAAACUUUUGAUCCGAUUAAUUAUCUGGGGGAAUACCUGAUGAGAAACAAUCCCAAUUUCCAAAAAGACUUACCAGAGACUGGGUAUCUGAAGGCAAUGAAGAAUGUCACAAAGACUAUGAAAACCAAAAUUCCUAACACUCCAGACAAUAGAGUAUUCAAGAUAAAGAGGGAAGUCAAAGAUAAUCGAGAAAGAAGAGAAAAUAUCGAGAGAAUCAAGACUCAUGUGGGUAGGAUGAGGAAGGAAGCUCUGACAUUGCAGUUCCAGGAAUGGAUUCUGGAUACUGAUAGAAAGAUUCCACUUCCCGUGAUUGAGAAUGCCAUCCACGCAUUUCUGGACACUCCAGCGGGAUGUAAAACGGAGUCACUUUAUCAGCCAAUGGAAUUUAUAGGAUCAAUGAAAGACAAGUUAGAUGAAGAACAUUUUAUAGAGGUUAUCUUUCCAUGUAUCAAGGAAUUAACAAGUGACAUGUUUACGGACUUCCUGAGGCACCUUUACCAGUGUUCAGGUGACUUCUAUGAUAUCUUGAAGCAUGACAAGUGGAGGCAGAAGUUUUUAAAACUCUUCUUUGCUUGCGAUGUUGGAAAGCUGGGGUUCCUGGACCGGGAGAGGACAUUGACCUUGCUGGAAAACUUCUAUGAUAAAAACCCGAAGAUGGUUAGGAGGCUAUUUUUUAACCCAAAGUUUUGGCCAUUCAUUGAAUUUGAAGAGGUAGAACCAGCUGAGUUCUGGGGAGACAUGGAUGAUGAGAAGAGCCCUUUUGAGAGAUACGAUCGACUAUCUCAAAUAGAGUGGAAGAAAUCCACUCAUGGCAUUGCAAAGAAAUUGCCCCAGGAUGAAAUGGACCUUAUUGGAGAGGAGGAACAUGAAAGAAAAGUCGUUAGUUGGUCUGCCAGCACUAUAGCCUAUGAAGACGAUUUCUCAGAUUUCCAUGAAGCAAUGGAAGAGGAGAAAGGAGAGCCUUCUGGCAAGAAGAGCUUUAAAAAGUUGCACGUGCUUCCAGAGGAGUUGCCUUCAGAAUCACAGAUUGAGACACAAAUAAGCCACGAAGCAAAGCAGGAAGAACUAUCCACAGAGCAAGGAGAACCAUCCACAGAGCAAGGAGAACCAUCCACAGAGCAAGGAGAACCAUCCACAGAGCAAGGAGAACCAUCCACAGAGAAGAGAAAAACAUCCAUUCCGGAGGAAGAACCUCCCAAAGAGCAAGAAAAAUCUGUAAAAUCAAGUUCUUCCAAGGGUUCAGCAGAAGAACAGAGAAGCACCACAGAAGAGCAGGACUUAAAAACUGAAGUAAAAAAAUCCUCAGAAAGGAAGUCAGAAACAGAACAGAGAAGCUCAGAAAUAGGACUGCAGGAGCCUGGAGCAGAGCCAAGAGAACCAUCAGAGCCUGGAGCAGAGCCAGGAGAACUAUCAGCAUCUGCAACGGAAGGGAAGGAAUCCAGUAUCCCGGAAGAAAGUACUGAACCCCAAAGGAAAAGCACCCUAGAGUCCCCCAAAGAUUUUCCACAGGGAGAGGAAGAUGAAAUUCUACUCAAGAGUUCAGAAGACCUUCUCCAAGAAAGUGGAGAAAAAGAUUCAAACUGUGAGCCCCAGACCCAGCUAAUAGAUGGGAAGCCAUGGUCAGGUGAUCUCUUAACUUCUGACCUGAGUAUAACAUAUAUGAAAUAUGGAGAAAAUAUGAGGGCUCUUUUAGUCUCCGAUGAUCCCAGGUUCUUAGCGUUGCGUCCAAUAAUCCUCAAUCUUAAGAGACAAGAAAAAUCCAGGAUCAGGAGUGCCUUCUCACAGCGCUACCUCAACCUACCACAGUUUGUUCAGCUCCUGGAUACAUUUGUGGGUGAUGGCAUCCCCUUGGAUAUUAUGAAGAAAUUCACCGUCUUUUUUAAGAAGAAUUAUAUGGAGACAGAGGAUGACAAAAUAAAUAACUUGGAAAAGAUUUAUAAAGAGACCAUUGAGCAGCGAAGGAAGCUACUCCUGGAUGCUCUCUUUCAGAAAUGGGAUAAUGAAGGCUCUGGAUUCUUGGAGCUACAGAAGAUUGAUAAUCUUCUGUUUACCUACAAAGAAGGCAUGGAGAGAGCAUCUAUGAAUAAAGCAAAACUGCAUAUUAUAUUGCCAAAGCCCCAUCCUGGCAAAGAAGUGAGGUUAACUAUAGAUCACUUUAGAAACUACAUUGAGCUGGUGGUGGCAGAACUGACUGGAAAUGAAGAUGAAGUCUUUGACAACGUGGUGGAGUUUCUGAUGAUGAGCUUGAAACCGACCCACUUGGAGCAGCUCCGGAACACAGCCCGGCACAAAUGGCUGUACCAGAUCCAGCGAGCAGCGGAAACCAGUAGAGUGUGCCUCGAGCCCGUUUACACUGAGGUCUUUAAGGCUCUAACAGAGGAUGCCGAAGCCCACGGCUACAGCAAGAGGAUCAGUGCCCACAUUUCCCUCUUGGAAGAGAACGAAAAAAUGCCAGAAAGAGGAAGCACCAUCCUGAGGAUUGUGGCCUGUACUGCAGCUGAUGUGCCAUUUGUCUUGAACCAAGUGCUUUACCGAGAUAUGAAAGGAAUCAGUUUUACAGUGGUGGAUCAGGGAGAGCCCAUCCAUGUCCCAGAAGUUGACAAGCAUGGAAAUAUUCACUUCUGGAACACUUCCUGUGAACCAACAAAACAGAAAGGGUCAUUCCUGGCUCUCCCUCUUGAGGAUGCUUAUAAGAGAACUUUUGGGGUCCUGGGAAUAGACACCCUCCGAAAUUUCCCCAGAAGAACCAUCUUUUCAGCUCAUGAGAUCAGUUUCUAUCAGGGUGUAGCCAAUGCAUUCAGUAUUGCCUACCACUAUAUCCAUAGCCAGGAACACAUCUUGCAUGUGAUAGCAACUGCUGCUAACUGGCUCCGCAUUGUAACACCUAGUAUCAAGAACAUCACCACCUUCCUGGUGGAACCUGGACCAGACUAUGAAUCAGAUUAUGGUCUACAAAAAAUGAUGUAUUUGGACAAUAAAAAACACGUGGAAAUCGUCUUCCAGUCUUCAGUUAUCUACAGAAAGAAGAGUCUGUUCAGAGACUUUCUCUUUAAAAGCGCAGACACCUCGCAGGUGCUUUUCACCUAUGCCCUUGGGACCUAUCACAUAACUGUUCCACUUCGAGACAGAAAGGGUAUGGCAAUGGGGGUGAUUGAUUUCUCCACUGGACAGAAGAAGAUGUUGUCAAAUCAGGAGUACAGAGAUUUACAGAAGAUGCUGAAGACAGUCCAAACAGCCUGCCAUGAAAUACUGGGCGAAAGCACAGGAGAAAUAAAGAAACAGCAAAUCCUAGAGACGGAAUACAAAGGAGAAGUACAAAAGGCAGGAAUCCUCUUCUUCCGUAUCAUGCUGAAAGAGAUCCAGGAAAGGAUCCAUGAGCUUGAUCCUCAGGCCUUCAAAGAUUUGAAGUUUCAUUCUGAAAACUUUUUGUCUUUGAUAUUUGAUUCUUCAACCUUUGAAAAGAAUGAGAAGCCGCCUGCCUUGGCCCACGACAUCCUUAAAGCAAUCUUGUUGAUCUUUAAUCCAGAGUGGGAUGGUGCAGAGAUUCUUGAGGACUGGGAUCAGUGUAGACAGCUCAUUACCAAUGAUAUGAUUAAAAGGCUUUGCACCUUUGAUCCCACCUCUGAAUAUGUGAAAGUUCAUCCAGACACCAUUGCUAAAUACAUCAAAAGACACCCCAGAAAAGUCAUCUGGAUAGAGGGAUCUGUUGCUCUAGAAUAUAUGUACCACUGGGUACUUGUCUGUCUGUUUCUGAUCGAGAUGAAUCUUAAACUGAAGGAAAAAUACGUUCCUCCUCUGCCCACAGGAAAAAGGACCCAUAAGAAGAAAACUACACACAAAGCUUGA